CGCGAGCUCGGCGGCGGGCGCGCGGCUCGGCGGCGCGGGGCGCCAUGGGCGACGACAGCAGCCCCCUCAGCGUGAUUCUGGUGAGCUCGGGCAGCAGGGGCAACAAGCUGCUCUUCAGGUACCCCUUCCAGCGCAGCCCGGAGCACCCCGCGUCGCAGUCAAGUCAGCCACGUAGCAGGUAUGCUGUUAACCACACCGGGGACCACGUUGAUGACCAGGACGGCGACUCCAGGUUUUCAGAUGUUAUUCUGGCAACAAUUUUGGCAACCAAGUCUGAAAUGUGUGGCCAAAAAUUUGAGCUGAAGAUCGAUAAUGUGCGGUUUGUUGGGCACCCAACGUUACUGCAACAUGCUCUGGGGCAGAUCUCCAAAACAGAUCCGUCUCCGAAGAGGGAUGCCCCUACCAUGAUUCUCUUCAACGUGGUGUUUGCGCUGAGGGCCAACGCUGACCCUUCGGUGAUAAACUGUCUGCACAACCUGUCUCGGCGCAUUGCCACGGUGCUGCAGCACGAGGAGCGCCGCUGCCAGUACCUCACUAGAGAGGCCAAGUUGAUCCUGGCACUCCAGGACGAGGUGUCCGCGGUGGCCGAUGCCAGUGAAGGGCCCCAGUCCCCGUUCCAUCACAUCCUGCCCAAGUGCAAGCUGGCCCGGGACCUCAAGGAGGCUUACGACAGCCUGUGCACCUCUGGCGUGGUGCGGCUCCACAUCAACAGCUGGCUGGAGGUGAGCUUCUGCCUGCCCCACAAGAUCCACUACGCUGCUUCCAGCCUGAUCCCCCCCGAGGCCAUUGAGCGCAGCCUGAAAGCCAUCCGCCCGUACCACGCCCUGCUGCUGCUCAGUGACGAGAAGGCCCUGCUCGGUGAGCUCCCCGUGGACUGCUCCCCGGCCCUGGUGCGCGUGAUCAGGACCACGUCUGCCGUGAAGAACCUGCAGCAGCUAGCCCAGGACGCCGACCUCGCAUUGCUGCAGGUUUUCCAGCUUGCAGCUCACCUGGUGUACUGGGGCAAGGCCAUCAUCAUCUACCCACUAUGCGAGAACAACGUCUACAUGCUGUCUCCCAAUGCCAGCGUGUGUCUGUACUCCCCGCUGGCAGAACAGUUCUCCCGCCAGUUCCCGGCGCACGACCUGCCGUCCGUCCUGUCCAAGUUCUCCUUGCCCGUCUCUCUGUCAGAAUUUAGGAACCCCUUGGCCCCCCCUGUACAGGAGACCCAGCUCAUCCAGAUGGUGGUGUGGAUGCUGCAGCAUCGGCUGCUCAUCCAGCUGCACACCUAUGUCUGCCUGAUGGCCUCGCCCAGCGAGGAGGAGCCCCGCCUGCGAGAGGACGAGGUCCCCUUCACUGCUCGGGUCGGCGGCCGCAGCCUCAGCACACCCAAUGCCCUCAGCUUCGGCUCCCCAACCAGCAGCGAUGACAUGACCCUUACCAGCCCCAGCAUGGACAACUCCAGCGCAGAGCUGCUCCCCAGUGGGGACUCGCCGCUGAACAAGAGGGUGACCGAGAACCUGCUGGCCAGCCUGUCGGAGCACGAGCGGGCGGCCAUCCUCAGCGUGCCCGCGGCCCAGAACCCUGAGGACCUCCGCAUGUUUGCCAGGCUCCUUCACUAUUUCCGUGGCCGCCACCACCUGGAGGAGAUCAUGUACCACGAGAACACGCGGCGCUCCCAGCUGCUCAUGCUCGUUGACAAGUUCCGCAGCGUGCUGGUGGUGACCACCCACGAGGACCCCGUCAUAGCCGUCUUCCAGGCACUGCUCACGUGAGCCAGUCUCCAGAGCAGCUGGAGGGGGCCUCGCAGAUCUGCUCCGGGCCUUGCCUGUGGCAGCCAGAGGAGUGGGCAGCCACGCCUGUCCUGGCUGUCGGCGUGUGAGGCCCUGCAGCCAGCACCACUGUCCACCACGCGCGCCGUUCCUGCCAGUUCUCUGUGGGCCUCCCCUGGCCUGGCCCUCCACAUAGCCCCACGAGCCACCAGCAGGCUUGGCCAAGCUGUCACCCAGUCCUGACAUCUGAGGUCCCUGUUACCUGUGCUCAUCCUGUGGCUGGGGAGGCAGAACCCACCUUGCAGUCCCUGGCUCUCCAGUGUCUGUCCGUGUCCACACUGCUCCUCCUAGAGCAGGCCCAGACCAUGUGCUGACCGCCCAGAGGGGAGAAAUAGUUUUCUAGAAAUGUAUCCUUUAUUUGUUUUCAAAGUGACAUUAAAACGCCUCGCUUGUCUGAGCAGGGCCUUUGCUCAAA